AUGACACCACCGGACAAGUCGUCUACUGAGAGCCGCAUGCACACCCUGCUUGCGGACUUCCAAAAAGGAUUGAGACCCCCGACAGAGCCAGAGUCUCUGCGGAGCCCACAGUGUCAUCUCAGAAGAUACCUCGCUCGAUACUUAAGAACCAUGAGCGUACUUCGCCCCGCCGAGAUAGACCUGAAGAUAGACCACGCAAAAGAGUCACUUCGCAAAAAAUUUAAACCAGACGAACGACAAAGUCGUCGCAACGGAGGAAAUUUCCCUCAAAGUAUGAAGAACAAAGAUCAUAUUGAGGUCCUCGGAACGGAAGCCAAGAGCCUCAAAAGGGAAUUGGAAACGAUGCGCUCCUGCAGAUCGGAUGCUCGCAGCAGCGAACAAGACAGAUAG